GCAGCACUGAACAAACCCUGAGUAGUACUGAUGGGGAAGGGGCCGCGCGCGCCUGGCCUCACGGGGCGUGGCCACCCGCUGGCUGCGCGGCACUGCGCUCCGCUGAUUGGCUUUGCGCUCGGGUUUGAGAGAGCUUGACUGGGUCCGGCUGCGGCUUGGCGCCUGUCAAGGGGAGCCCAGACGAGCGUCGUGGCGAAGAGCUGCGCUGAGCUGGCCAUGAGGGCGCUGGCGCUGCUGGGACUGGCGCUGCUGGUGGCGCCGGGCUGGGGCGAGCAGUGCCCGCUGCGCUGCGACGUGUCCAGGUGCCCGAGCCCCAGCUGCCCGAGCGGCUACGUGCCCGACGGCUGCAACUGCUGCCUGGUGUGUGCAGCGGGCGAGGGCGAAGCGUGCGGGCGCCCGGAGGACCCGCCGUGCGGUGACAGUCUCCACUGCCGCUUCCCUUCGGCGGGCCAGGGCAAAGGCGGCGUCUGCCAGUGCAAGCUCAGCGCGCCCGUGUGCGGCAGCGACGGCAGGACCUAUGCCAACGUGUGCCGCCUGAAAGCAGCUGGGCGCAAGGCCCUGCAGCAGGGGCAUCAGCCGGUCCUCCACGUCCAGAAGGGAGCCUGCAGAGCCGGUCAUCAACAGCUGAACAGCCCAAGAUAUAAGUUUAACUUCAUUGCAGAUGUGGUGGAGAAGAUUGCACCAGCUGUUGUACAUAUUGAACUUUUCCUAAGGCAUCCUCUGUUUGGCCGCAAUGUCCCUCUUUCCAGUGGAUCUGGGUUUAUUAUGUCCGAUGCAGGCUUAAUUGUAACCAAUGCUCACGUUGUGUCAAGUAGCAAUACAGUGACUGGGCGACAGCAAUUAAAAGUGCAGCUACAGGAUGGAGACACAUAUGAAGCAACAAUCAAGGACAUUGAUAAGAAAUCUGACAUAGCAACAAUAAAGAUUAAUCCAAGGAAAAAAUUGCCUGUCCUUCUGAUGGGCCAGUCUGGUGACUUGAGGCCUGGGGAAUUUGUUGUGGCUAUUGGGAGCCCUUUUGCUCUACAGAACACAGUGACAACGGGAAUUGUCAGCACAACACAACGCGAUGGCAAGGAGCUUGGCUUGAGGGAUUCUGACAUGGAUUAUAUUCAGACAGAUGCUAUUAUCAAUUAUGGAAACUCAGGAGGACCUCUGGUGAACUUGGAUGGUGAAGUGAUUGGUAUCAAUACUUUAAAGGUUACUGCAGGAAUUUCCUUUGCUAUUCCUUCUGAUCGUAUUGUCCUAUUCCUGUCAGAGAAUCAUGACAAACAAAGUAAAGAUGGGAAAAAACGGUUUAUUGGUGUAAGGAUGCUGACAAUAACACCAGAAUUAGUGGAAGAACUUAAACUUAAUAAUCCAGAUUUCCCAGAUGUCAGUGGUGGAAUUUAUGUACAUAAAGUUCUUCCAAAUUCCCCAUCUCAGAGAGGUGGGAUUGAGGAUGGAGACAUCAUUGUUAAAGUAAAUGGACGUCCACUGAUGACUUCUGCUGACCUGCAAGAGGCAGUGAUGAAUGAAUCACCUUUACUACUUGAAGUUAGAAGGGGAAAUGAUGACUUGCUGUUUAACAUAGAACCUGAAGUACUUAUGUAACUCAAGUUGAGGAAAACCACUGUGACACAAUUAAACUCAUUUAUUCUGGAA